AUGGAAUACACACACGACCAGGGCACGCCCAGUGUGAAGCCUCGCCUUAUCAUUCAUGGUGGUGCAGGUAACAUACACCGCGAUACCUAUCCUCCAGAGCAGUUCCGGGCUUAUCGCAAAGCCCUCAUUGAUAUUGUCACGAAGACAGACCAGUACAUGAGAAGACAAGAUAAACUGAUCUCGGAGAAGCUAAACCACAAGCUCCCAUCAGCUCUGGAAGUCGCAACUUAUGCAGUUCAACUUCUCGAGGACAACCCCUUAUUCAAUAGCGGACAUGGUGCCGUGUUCACUCGUGAUGGGUUCAACGAGCUAGAGGCCUCAGUGAUGGUAUCUCGUGGCUUCAAAAAGCGAGGUGUGGGCGUCAUGGGUCUCCGGCAUGUGAAGAACCCAAUUCUUUUGGCCCGCGCGAUGCUUGAGCACGGCGAAGACGAUCUCGAAGCGCAUCCUAGAGAGACCAGCUCUGGCGAUCUUGACGUCCCAUCCGCACAGGGUCAUACACAGAUAUAUGGCAAAACAGCAGAGCAACUGGCAGAACAGUACCAGCUAGAACUGGUAGACGCAAGUUACUUUUACACUCAGCAUCGCUGGGAUGAGCAUAUUCGCGCUCUGGACAAGGAAAAGAAAGGCCAGGGGCUAGCAACCUGGAGUGCGACUGAGUAUCUGCCUCAGGGUACAUGCGGAGCAGUCGCUCUCGAUCAAGAUGGAGUCAUCUGUGCAGCGACAAGUACAGGAGGUCUUACAAAUAAGCUUACGGGGCGUGUCGGCGAUACACCAACUAUUGGCGCAGGUUUCUGGGCUGAGGAGUGGGACGAGGAUGGUGAUCCAACAGGGUCAUCAGCGUGGAGUCAUUUGAAGAAUACUUUGACUCAGUCAGGCCCGUUGCUCGUACUUAGCGAUGUGCUCAAAGGCACAUUGGCAGAUUGUCUGCCGACUCCUGCAGUGUACGCUCCCCUCGGUACAGAUAGUGGCCGUUUGUACACAACAAGAUCGAUUGGAGGGUCUGGAACAGGCAACGGCGAUUCAUUCCUGCGAACUAAUGCUCUACGAACCGUUGCGGCGAUGGCAAGAUGGAAGCCAGAGUCAGGUUCCAUGGCUGUCACUCACGUUGCAGGCCGAGGUGGUGAGUUAGAGAAGAGUGCGGGUGACAGAUGGGGCCGCACAGGAGAGGGAGAAGGCGGCAUCAUCGGUAUCGAGAAUGUGAUCAUACAUGAUUCCCAUGGCCGGGUGGUUGAGACUCGAUCUAAAGUCCUUAUGGAUUUCAACUGCGGCGGCAUGUUUCGGGCCUGGAUCGAUGACGAAGGAAAACCCCAAAUGAGCGUCUUUAGCAAUGAGCCAUCGAGCGACAUCUAG